AUGCUGCAAGUUUAUCCGGACAAAAAAAAUGAUUUGCGACCACUUUGCCAUCAAUUUGCCUUAGAACAAGCCCAAAAUCAACGAGAACAAUUGAAAAAAUUAGGGCUUUUUACGGAUUAUGAUAAGUAUUAUAUUACUCUGGAUAAAAAUUAUGAAGCCGAACAAAUUCGAGUUUUCGGUGAAAUGGUGAAAAAAGGAUUAAUUUAUCAAGGGUUUAGACCAAUUCAGUGGUCUUGUGGUCAUGAAACAGCAUUAGCUGAAGCCGAAAUAGAAUAUUUGCCAAAAAAAGAUACUUCGCUUUACUUUAAAAUUAAGUUAGAAAAAAAUUUUGCUUUCGUGGGUCAGGAAGAUAUUAAUCUUUUGGAUAAAAAAGGGUAUAUUGUUGAUGGUAGUGAUUUUAUUGAGGAGGAGGAAGGAACUGGGAUAGUUCACUUGGCACCGGCUUUUGGAGCCGAGGAUUUUGCGGCAGCCAAAAAGGAAAAAUUAAUAAUUGAGUGUCCGCUGGAACCGAACGGAAUUUUUAAUGAAAAGAUCAAAGUUCCAGAAUUAGUUGCACCAUUGGUUAAAUUAAUUAAAUUAGAACGUCUGGACAUUAGUAAUACUGAUAUAGAUGAUGGUUUGAAAUACUUGUCCGAUACGUUGCAGGAACUAAGAUGCUCUGCUGAAGAGAGACCGGAGUAUAUUAGAGUUAGCAAACAAAAGUUUCCAUCAGUUAAACUUCGCCGUAAGCGCGACAGAAUUCGUGAUAAAUUAGAAAGCAGUUUGGGAGACAAUUUAGUUGAAGAAAUCCAAAGCGUCCUCGGCGACUGUGAAGAAUUAGCG